AUGGAUGCGUCCAUCCAGCGACAUCUGACCGACAAGAUCUACGAAAAGCGCAAGACCGGCGCCUUAGAGCUCGAACGCGUCAUCCGCGAGCUUGUCUCCCAGAAGGACUAUGACCGCGUCGAGUCUAUCCUGGACCAGCUGGUCAACGAAUAUGCCUAUGCAGUCCAUCAACCCCAUGCCCGCAACGGUGGCCUCAUAGGGCUGGCCGCCGCGGCGAUCGCUCUAGGCCCUGAGCUGCCGCGCUAUCUCGAGAUCAUUGUGCCGCCCGUUCUGGCCUGCUUCACUGACCAGGACCCUCGUGUGCGCUACUACGCAUGCGAGUCUAUGUACAACAUCGCCAAGGUCGCCAAGGGAGAGAUCUUGAUCUACUUUAAUCACAUAUUUGACGCCCUGUGCAAGCUCGGCGCCGACUCGGAGCCGUCCGUUAAGAAUGGAGCCGAGCUGCUCGACCGUCUGAUCAAGGAUAUCGUCUCCGAGAGUGCUGCGACCUACGUCUCUGUGCUGGAACAGCCGCCGUCCUAUCAGGACCCCGACAAAGAUCCAGCUGACGAGACUGAGCCGCCGACAGCCUUCUCGCUGAAGCGCUUCAUCCCAUUGUUACGCGACCGCAUUUAUGUCACCAACCCCUUCACCCGAACUUUCCUGGUCGGCUGGAUUACUCUCUUGGACGGGAUCCCGGACCUCGAGCUGGUCACAUACCUGCCUGAAUUCCUUGGGGGAUUGUUGCGGUUUUUGAGCGACUCGAACCGAGACGUCCAUGUCACCACGCAAAAGUGUCUGGACAGGUUCCUCGAGGAGAUCAAGCGCAUCGCUCGCAUAAAAAAAGGCAUCGCCGAGAGCAAAAAGUCCAAGGCCGAGGAGAGGCGUCGGCGCCUCGACUCAGCUGCUAGUGCCAGCUCCCGGCCGCGGCUCGAGGAGGAGGGUGCUAGCGUCGACUCCGAGACUGCCGCCGAUGACGACGAUGGUGAUGAUGAUGAUGAUGAUGAUGAUGAUGAUAAUGACGAAGACGAAGACGAGGUGGACAGUGAAGAGGACUGGGUCCCAGGCCAGGACGUGCAGAUCAACUACAAAGCCAUUCUCGAGAUCCUGACGGCCACGCUCGAUUCGCCCUUGGGUAAGUCAUCGACCUCCAACACCACUUCAAUAGCUCGCCCCUGGCCCUGGAACAUGCCGGCUAAGGACUCCAUGAUGUUACCAGAAGAGGACAGCCUGCUCGAGGCGCUGCGCUGGAUUGUUGAGUUUCUGGACAUUUGUCCCGAGGAGGUGCUCCCCUUCACGCCCAAGAUCCUGGCCCAUCUGCUUCCGGCCAUGGCUAGCGGCGUGGAGUCUAUUCGCCAGGCGGCUGCCAGGGUGAACACCUCUCUUAUGGAUUAUGUUGUGUCGCUGUCUGAUGAGGCUGAGGCCGUGCCGGGCCCGUCGUCGUCGUCGCGUGCGACUCCGGGACCGUCGCAGGAUGGCACCGCUAGUGCGAGGGCGUCUAUCUCGGGAUCAAGAGAGCUCGAGGUCCGCAGCCCGACACCUGCCCAGAGCCAGAAUAAACAAGCCCCGCGCACGCCGACACCGAGCCAGCCGUCCAUGCCGCAGGCUCAGGCCGAUCUGGACUACGCGGCUGCGGUGAACUCUCUCACCCUGCUCUUCCUCAACGACCACGAGGCCACCCGCGUGGCGGCCCUGACGUGGCUGAUUAUGUUGCACCGCAAGGCGCCGCGCAAGGUGCUAGCCUUCAACGACGGGACCUUCCCCGCGCUGCUCAAGACCCUGUCCGACCCGGCCGAGGCCGUCGUCACCAAGGACCUGCAGCUGCUGAGCCAGAUCUCGCGGAACAGCGAGGACGAUUACUUUACGAAUUUCAUGGUGAAUCUGCUGCAGCUGUUCUCGACGGAUCGCAAGUUGCUGGAGACGAGGGGGAAUCUGAUCAUCCGGCAGCUGUGUACUAGUCUGAGUGCGGAGAGAAUAUAUCGCACGCUGGCAGACUGCAUAGAAAAGGAGGAGGAUGUCGAGUUUGCGAGUAUCAUGGUACAGAACUUGAAUAAUAAUUUGAUUACGGCGCCGGAGUUGGCGGAUUUGAGGAAGAGGUUGAGGAAUUUGGAAACUAAGGAAGGACAGACGUUUUUCGUUGCGCUGUUCCGCUCGUGGUGCUACAACGCCGUCGCUACCUUCUCGCUGUGCUUGCUGGCUCAGGCAUACGAGCAGGCGUAUAACUUGCUCCAGAUCUUUGCCGAGCUCGAGAUGACGGUCAACAUGUUGAUUCAGAUCGACAAGCUGGUGCAGCUGCUGGAGUCCCCGGUGUUUACGUACCUGCGCCUACAGCUCCUCGAGCCGGAGCGCUACCCCUACCUUUAUAAAUGCCUUUAUGGCCUUCUGAUGCUGCUACCGCAGUCAUCAGCCUUCGCGGCACUCAAGAACCGUCUCAACGCAGUCAGCUCGAUUGGCUAUCUGCAUAUCGCGCCGAGGCCAGGCGCCUCAACCCCCAACACUUCCUCUUUCGACCGCCCCAACCGCCUUAAAGGCCGCGAAGAAAGCAUCAUCCGCUGGAACGAGCUCCUCGAGAAGUUCCGCUCCGUCCAGGAACGCGCCCGCCGGCUCCAGCGGGGCAGCAUCUCCAACGACUUUGAUGACUGGCAGCCGCAUGGUUCGGGACAAGCAGGCCACCAUCGCGUCGAGGACGGCACUGGCGGCGUCCUCACUUCUGAUCUAGGACCCGACCCUCACGGUACCAAUCACUCUCACGACAACGACGACGACGACGAUGAUGAUGAUGAUGACCACCACACCCAGCAAGAUUACUUCUUCCUCGCCCCCUCAAGCGCCGGCACAAUCAUCAGCGAACCUUACCUCGGCCCCGCCCCUGCUCCUAAUCCUGCCCGCCCCCACUACACACCCUCUUCACAACAACAACAACAACAACAACAACAACAACAACAGAAUCCUCCAACAGAGCCAAAAUCCCCCUUUCACCCGCCUCCCAGUUCCUCCCCCCUCCGACACAGACGCAUCGCCUACUGCCUUAGCGUCGACGAGCUCGAGGGCAGUAGCACGCCCUCUGCAUCUGCCUCAUCAGCAGAGGGGAGUGAGACGGAGCGGGCGGAGGUAAUGAUUUCUACCACGAGGGGGAGGGGCAUUAGGAGGGGGAGGGGGAGGGGAAGGGGAAGGGGAAGGGGAGAUGCGAAGAAGGAGGAGGGAAGGAGGGGGAGUCGGUUGAGGUUUUGA